UCUGGAGGGAUUGACCUCACUGUCAUGCGAUGUUGCGUUGCGGGACAGCGGUAACGUCGGACCAUUCUCCAUGCGCAGCUAGAAAAAACAAAUGAUUCCAGAGCUGAUUGGUUGAGAAAGAUUUCGGUCGCUGAAACACGGAUUGAUUUCCUUUUUCUUUUCUUUUUUUUAAGAAGGGCAUCAUUUUAGAAAUAUGUGGAGUGAGCUGUUAUUAAUAGCCACGGCGCGCCGAGGCCUUUAUAAGUGCGGGCACUGUUAGAUUCAGCAUGAAGACGGUGUGUUAGAAAGCAUCUAAUCUCCGGCCACCGCGGGAAUAAUAAAGCGCUCAGCUCGUUUUCAGACAUGUUCGAGGCGGAGGGGGUGUUCUACAUCGUGCUGGAUGUCGCCUGUGUGGUGCUGGCUGGACUCCCAUUUGCAGUGCUAAAUCUUCAGCAUAAUCCAUUCAAAAGAGGAUUCUUCUGCAGCGAUGACUCCAUCAAGUACCCCUUCAAAGAAGAUACUAUUUCAUACCAGUUGUUAAUGGGAAUAAUGAUUCCAUUUGUUUUGUUUGUAAUCGUUGUUGGGGAAUGCUUGUCCAUAUAUCUCAGAUCCAGACCAUCUUUCAUGAAUGACUACUUUGCAUGCAUCUACAAAGCAGUUGGCUCAUUUGUGUUUGGAGCAGCAGUAAGUCAGUCCCUGACUGAUAUCGCCAAGUACACCAUUGGUCGACUGAGGCCACACUUUCUCACCAUAUGCAAACCCAACUGGGGCCUUGUGGACUGUAAGUCAGGAUAUAUUGAGAAAUUCUCGUGCACAGGAGACAAGACGCUGGUCAAUGAAGGGAGGCUUUCAUUUUAUUCUGGACAUUCAUCCUUUUCUAUGUACUGUAUGCUGUUUCUCGCACUGUAUUUGCAAUCAAGAAUGAAGGCAGAAUGGGCACGAUUGCUACGGCCAACGAUCCAGUUCUUCCUUAUUGCUGCGUCUGUGUAUGUGGGCCUAUCGCGGGUUUCAGACUAUAAACAUCACUGGAGCGAUGUCCUCACUGGAUUCAUACAGGGAGCCAUUGUGGCAAUGUUUACUGUUUUCUGUGUAUCAGACUUCUUCAAGGCUCAGCCCAAGGGAAACAAAGAGGAAAUCUCACACACGACCUUACAGGAUACGACAAGCAAUGUUAACCACUAUGGAAGCACAGAGUGAUGCCAGGAGGAGUAAUAACUUCAAGAACAUUCACAGUGGCUGGCUGCCAAUCUCCCUCUGUUUUCCACAGCAAUACAAUACAGGCUUUUGCACUGUAAAAUCAGUGAUCUGAGACUAAAUUCUAGACUCUUCUAGAUUACCACAUUUAUUAAACAUUCCAGUGAAACUGGUUUUCUUGGUUUGUACUUUUAUUGCUAUGUGAGCUUAGGCAAAGCUGUCAAUAUGUCAGUUCAAAUUGUCAUUUUAUGUUGUUUUUAUUUAUAUAUUUUUUUAUUUACAAAGUUAACCAUUCAAUAAUCAUUCCUCAUUGUUUUCGCCCAAAAAGAAAGAAACCACAGGAAACUAUAUUAGUGUCUUCGUGAAUGAAAAUGUGGUGGAUUCUCUUGACAUACAGGGCUUUUUCACGGAUGUACUGUACUCUGCAAAAGUCUUGUGCAGCAGUGAAAAUAUAAAAAGUGAAUACUAUUGAUCUCCACAGUAAAACACUAUAUAACAUUAGAAUAAAUACAAAUAAACAGAUGCUUUAAUUUGGAGUCAAAAUGUGAUUUCGUAUGUUGUUGGUUAGAAGAACACAGGUCUGGAUGCUGGCUCUCCAGUAAUUGUACGGAUUUGUUCAGGAAAAGAGACAGAUAGAUGAUUGAUUGGAUGGUUUGGAUGGAUGGAUGGAAUAAUAGAUAGUCAGAUGACAUUAGGGAGGGAUGACAACACAAUUUGGACAUGUUCACUGGGAAGAUGAGUUGUGUUGUGUGAUUCUUGUAGGUAAAAUCAAGGCCCUGCACUGUCUUUAGCUGCAGCGAAGCUGGAACAAUCUACUGAGCAGUAGAUUGUGGAGGGGGUGUGAAACGUUGUACAAGAGAGCAGAGUAUAUUUAGUGUCAUUUUGUCAUCAGUAGCAAUCUGAUUUGUCAUCAGUAGCAAUCUGAUCUUAUUUUUUAUUUUUUUUUAUAAAGGAUUGAUAAACUAGUUAGUGAAUGUAGUAGUAGUAGUAGUAAAAGUAACUAAAUACUGGGCUUCCUUGUAAAUUGGUCAUAGUAACAAGCUCAUUUGUUCAUUUGUAUUUAUUUAAUUGUUUUAGUGUUUUCUGAAGGAAUAACACAUGCUGCUCAGAUCAAUAGUUUCAUUAUUUGAUCAGAUACCUAAAACCUUUGCACUGGGUUAAGAUACUGACACAAAGAAAGCAUCAAGAGUAGAAGAAUAAAAAAGGAGGAUGUUUACUCCAAUAAAAGCCUCUCUGAACAUAACUUUUUAUUUUUCUUCUUCUUCUUCUUCUUCUUCUUCUUAUUAUUAUUAUUAUCAUUAUUAUCAUUAUUAUUAAUUGUACAUGGCAACAAGAACAAAUAUGCAUAAUGUGUGAGGUGAAUUUGGCUUUUGGUACGUUUUUAUGCAUAGGUAAUUUUUUUUUUAUUAUUACUUUCUUUUAUUUGGUAUGGAUAAAAGAGUAAAGCUAUUAAAGAUAAUAGAUAAAGCCUUAGAUGUAAGCCUUGCUUUUGUCAGUCUUUACAUGUUUGUUACAAUGUUGCACUCAUGGUUAUAUCAGUACAAUACGUCAUUUGUAUUGUAGUCCAAUAAAGCAUUUGUUUUA